AUGAGGAAUCCGAACGACCCCACUACAACGCCCGAUGACCCUACCUCGACGCCUGACGACCCUACCACGACACCGAAUGACCCUACCACGACACCGAAUGACCCGACUACAACCCCUAAUGACCCUACUACAACACCAGAUGACCCUACCACGACACCGGAUGACCCUACUACGACACCGGAUGACCCUACUACGACACCGGAUGACCCUACUACAACCCCUGAUGUCUCAACGUCAGAUGGCAUGACCACAGAGCCGUCUCCCAACUCUCAAACAACGAGUGAUGCCCCAACUUCGACGGCGCCAGAGUACUACGGCAUCAGAACCUCCCGAACCUUUGCAUCAUGGGCGUCGGCCGCCUAUAGUGAUAUAGCGUCGUUUGAACCGGGCCGUCAGUUGCUCUCCCAUGAUGGAGCGUCUGGUGCUGCGCUAGCAGGGGCUGCGGUAACCAUGAUUCCGAUAUUUCUAUCCAACUUUAUCGCAGAUAUCGGCAGCGCAUUUGCAGGUGAGGCGAUUUUCCUCGAUACUCACUACUGCGAUGCCCCCGAUUUUGCCAAUACCCUCAAUCCAUGCUGGCCGCCACGCGUUAGUAGCAACAAAUGGGCUUUGACUGUGGUGACUACCUCUAUAGCGGUGGUGGUUGUUUCCCUUGUGUACGUCGUUGCACUUUGGAUUAGGACGCCCCAGACCGUGAAAAUGAAGGCCACCUCGUCUAUCUCGUCUGUCGCCAGUCUGAUGGGCCAUCCCGAGGUCGAGCGCGAGUUUGCCAAUGUACCGUCCGAGCUAUCAAACAGGGGCCUCAUAGCCCGCCUCCAGGGAAAGCAAUACACCCUGGGCGAUUACACGCUAGAGGAUGAUAAAUGGGCUGCUCUCCACGCGAAACAAGAUGACACCCACUCUAAAUGGCUGAAGAAGCGCGAGGCUGUAGACUACGUUUUUGCUGUCAUCUUACUCGCUCUCUUAGGCUUUUGUGCUGCGGCUCUUGCAUAUGCCGACGACCCUCGGCGUAUUUUCCGCUAUGGUACACGUAAUUGGACCAUCGGUAUCCGCAUUUUCUUCGCGCUCCUCGCCAUCGCCAUUGCAAAAUACUGGUCUACCGCCUUCACCGACGUCCAGAGCCUAUCGCACUUUGCCCGGAUGCAGAAACAGGCUUGCACACCUCGUGAGACAGUUAACAAGAAGAGCUAUGCGAUCCCAUUUAUCGCCAUCCUCCCACUCGCGCGUAUGGGCUACAUGGUCGCUGCUGGGGUAGCAUUCACUGCCCUCCUCAGCGAAUUCUUUGUCAUCUUCCUAGCUGGGCUACCCUACCGUCCAGGGCAACUUCGCACAGAAUACCUUGUCUGCGCUAUCAUCUCCAUCAUCGUACUUAUCAUCAUGCUGGUAGCCAUUGUUUUCUUACACCGAUGGAGGAGAUCACUGCCACAUAUGCCAAGGAGACCUAAUUCGGUGGCUGCCCUGAUGACGUAUGUGGCCGAGACGAACAUGUCCCGAGACUUUACGAGUAUUGAAGAAAUGCGGCGUAAGGAGAGGGAAAGGGCAAUUGAGGGCUUGGGCAAGAGCUACGGUUAUGGGCUUCGCACAGACGAGGCUGGGAGGAAAAGGUGGGUGGUUGAUCAAGUUGAGUUAGAGGGCGACUCGAGGAGAAAGAUAGGUGAGGAUAUUCAGUAUCAGAAGUCAGUAUAG